GAAAUCAUCCAAAAAUUCGAGUUUCACUCAUGAUCUCUCGCGUUUCAAAAUGCACCAAAAAUAUUAUCAUUCCCAUCCUCUCCAAUUCAUCCAAAACCUGUUGUUUUAUCCAUGGCUCACCUGGAACUCCGGCUCUCGCUCUUUCCGACCUCGAUAUUCUCGUUGAGAAAGCGGGCCUCGGAAGCAGUGACGACGAGGUCGUCGAGUUUCUCUCGAAUGAUCCGCAAUGUAACAGGAUUCAACUCACCCACCACCUGUUUGAUAAAUUGCUUCGCCGGUUUAAGGAUGAUUGGAAGUCCGCUUUGGGCGUUUUCAGAUGGGCCGAGUCACGCUCGGGUUACGAACAUACUUUAGAAGCGUAUGACAUGGUUCUUGACACACUUGGAAAAAUGAAGAAAAUGGAUAAAAUGAUGAUGAUUCUGCAUGAAAUGCGUGACAAUAAAAUUGUUACUCUUAACACUGUAGCUAAGGUUGUGAGAAGAUUUGCUGGUGCUGGGCAAUGGGAAGAAGCUGUGAGGAUUUUUGAUGAGUUGGGUAGUUUUGGUUUGGAGAAGAAUGUUGAAUCCAUGAACUUGUUGCUUGAUACUCUUUGCAAAGAGAAUCGGGUUGAGCGGGCACGUGAAAUGUUCUUGAAGUUGAAGGCUCAUAUUUUGCCAAACGCCAACACUUUUAAUAUUUUCAUUCAUGGUUGGUGCAAAGUCGGGCGGGUGGACGAGGCGAAUUGGACGAUCCAAGAGAUGAAGGGCCAUGGCUGCCGUCCUUGUGUCAUAAGCUACUCCACCAUCAUCAGGUUUCAUUGCUCUCAAAGUAACUUUGAUGUGGCCCGCAGCGUGCUCGAUGAAAUGCGAGCCGAAGAGUGCCCUCCUAAUAUUGUUACUUACACUACCAUCAUGAGUUAUAUGGCAAAGGCAGAAGAGUAUGAGCAUGCUUUGGAAAUAGCUGAGAGUGUUAAAUCUGACCGGUUGAAACCCGACACCCUGUUUUAUAAUUCGUUGAUCCACAUUCUAGGGAGAGCCGGGCAAGUACGUGAGGCCAUUCAUGUCUUUGAAGUUGAGAUGCCCAAGAGCAGUGUUGUCCCUAAUACAUCAACCUACAAUACCAUGAUUGCCAUGUUUUGCCAUUGCUGUCAAGAGGAUAAGGCCUUUAAUGUUCUUAAAAGGAUGGAAGAUUCGGGGAUUUGUAAGCCUGAUGUUCAAACGUACUACCCAUUGCUCAAAUCUUGCUUUAGAACUGGCAAAACAGAUGAUUCUUUAAGCAAGUUAUGGGAUGACAUGGUGAAAAAACAUCAUCUUAGUCUUGAUAUAUCAGCCUAUACGCUUCUGAUUCAUGGGCUCUGUCGAGCAAAUAAGUGUGAGCGGGCUUACCUCUUCUUUGAGGAGAUGAUUGGUCAGGGAAUAAUGCCCAGAUAUAAGACGUGUCGUUUGCUUUUUGAGGAGGUCAAGCAGAAGCAUAUGUAUGAUGCUGCGGAGAAGAUUGAAGACUUCAUGAAGAAGAUGUAAAUGUCUAAGGACAGCAUGCCAAGGUCUUGCAUACUUGCAUUCUUUUGAGAUGACAAAAGAUCCAACAAAAUCAUAGUUUUGUUUUAUCCAACAAAAUCAUAGUUUUGUUUUUCUUUUGCUGAUUGCAAUUGCUUAGAGUUGCAAUCAGCAGAACAUAUCUUCCAGUUUUUUGUAAUGAUUUUUGUCUAGGAACUGAAGCAACUUAAGUUUAGUACAUCCGAAAAAUAUAAGGGCCUCAAUGGUGCUUUAUUGUUCAUGAUCGCAAUGGGUUGGCUUGGAGGCAGGGUAGCCAUUCCGCCAAUCCUUCCCAUGAAGAAAAAUAACCUCCAUCAUUGCCCCGUUUAACUAGUUUAAGUUGAUGGCGGAGCGGCUUUUCCCAAUUACGGGGGUUCAUGAUA